UUAUGUUUUUUAAUUUACGUCACCGCAAUUUUCUGUUGCCACUUGGAGGAUUGUAAACAUAUAUUUUAAUGCUAGCUACACAGAAAGCAGAUAGCCAAAACGUACGAGAUCAUUUUUGUAAUCUACCUGUAUCAUACAAUUGCUUUGUUUCUCAGUUCUGUGUAAUAACUGCACAUAUAUCAGCUGUUUAGUGGUCUGAAGCUAGCUAGCUGUCAUAAUAAUCAACACAAGAGACAGCAAGAAGACAAUAUAGCAAUCGUUACUGCAAAGCCGACAUAAUGGCAUCGUUGGCUGCACACGAGCCGAAUAUAACCCCAAAUUCCAUACCAGUCCUCGCAGACGCUCUGAUGCCCGCGAGCAUUUUCGCUCCGGAUGGAGGAGGUUGUGGAGAUCAUGACGCCGGGGAAGAGUGCCUCGAGGACGGCGACCUCUUCAACGGCGAGACCGGGGAUCUCGGUAUUGACUUCACUAGCAAGUUGGCCCUGGUCAGCCCUAAUGGAGAGCAGUAUGACUCGUUACUACGACAACUCCGGGAGAGGAUGGACGAGGGUUGUGGGGAGACCAUCUACGUAGUUGGGAUGGGCUCAGACGGAGGUGACUAUGGUCUGGAUGAGGGAGACAUGGAGGCGUCUGUAGCCACAGUUCAGUCCCUGUGUGAGCAGACCGAGUCAGAGCUGAUCCUGCUGAGGGAGCGUAUCGAAGCUGGGGGGCAGGUACGCGACUACCUCAUCCGCCGACGCGUGGGUGAUCAAGACUUCUUGGAGGUCAGGGUAGCGGUGGUGGGUAACGUGGAUGCAGGUAAGAGCACCCUGCUGGGGGUGUUGACCCACGGGGAACUGGACAACGGCAGGGGGUUCGCCCGCCAGAAACUCUUCAGACACAAACACGAGAUGGAGAGCGGCAGGACCAGCAGUGUGGGGAACGACAUCCUGGGCUUCGACCAGAAGGGACAGGUGGUGAAUAAGCCAGACAGCCAUGGUGGCAGUCUAGACUGGACUAAGAUCUGUGAGAGGUCCUCUAAGGUCAUCACCUUCAUAGACCUAGCUGGACAUGAGAAGUAUCUCAAGACCACAGUGUUUGGAAUGACUGGACACCUGCCUGACUUCUGCAUGCUCAUGGUGGGCAGUAAUGCAGGUAUCGUAGGGAUGACUAAGGAGCAUCUAGGUCUGGCCCUGGCCCUCAAUGUGCCUGUGUUCGUAGUGGUCACCAAGAUAGACAUGUGUCCUGCCAACAUCCUACAAGAGACGUUAAAGCUGCUCCAGAGGUUACUAAAGUCCCCAGGCUGCAGAAAGAUCCCUGUUCUGGUCCAAAACAAAGAUGACGUCAUCGUCACAGCCUCCAACUUCAGCUCUGAGAGGAUGUGUCCAAUCUUCCAGAUCUCCAAUGUGACAGGAGAGAACAUGGACCUGCUGAAGAUGUUCCUCAACCUGCUGUCUUCUAAAACCUCCUUCAGAGAAGACGAACCUGCAGAGUUCCAGAUAGAUGACACCUACUCAGUACCGGGUGUAGGCACUGUCGUUUCAGGGACUACUUUACGUGGAUUGAUACGUCUGAAUGACACAAUGUUGUUAGGCCCAGACCCACUGGGCAGUUUCCUCCCCAUUGCAGUCAAAUCUAUCCACAGGAAGAGGAUGCCAGUCAAGGAGGUGAGAGGUGGACAGACUGCCUCCUUUGCCCUCAAAAAGAUCAAGCGUUCAUCCAUAAGGAAAGGCAUGGUGAUGGUGUCCCCCAGGUUAAACCCACAGGCAUCAUGGGAAUUUAUGGCUGAGAUUCUGGUUCUGCACCACCCAACUACGAUAUCACCCCGCUACCAGGCCAUGGUGCACUGUGGCAGCAUCAGGCAGACAGCCACUAUCCUGACCAUGAACAGAGACUGUCUACGAACAGGGGACAAGGCAUCGGUCCACUUCCGCUUCAUCAAGACCCCCGAGUACCUCCACACAGACCAGAGACUGGUGUUCAGAGAGGGACGCACCAAGGCUGUGGGCACCAUCACCAAGCUGCUGCAGUCGACCAAUAAUCUGCCGUCAAACUUCAAACCCCCGCAAAUCAAAAUGCAGUCUACGAAAAAAGCCCCGUACCGCAGAGAGGAUGGAACCACGCCUGCCAAUGAGGACGAAGCGAGCACAGCCAGACCAGACAGUCCGCACCAAUCACAACAACUGACAGAGGGGGAGGAUGACCCUCAGAGUAAUGAGGGAAACAAAGAGGGCAAGACAAAGUCAGGAGGAGGGAGCAGGAGACGAGGAGGACAGAGACAUAAAGGCAAAUCAAACCAGAGCAGCUCCACCACAGCAGCCCCGUCAUCAGCAGGCACAGGAGGUUCCUAAACUACACCCCUCUCAGCCCCCAAACUACAGUACUUCCUCCAUCCACCUGUUUCAGCAGACAACUAACCCCCCUUCCCAAAAACUACUCCACUACAAACCCCCAUUGAAAAAAUGGGGUCAUAAAAUGUCCCUUUCCCAAACUCUCUCCCUCUAUACCACCCUGCUAUCUAUCGCCUUAUCAAGUGUCUUUAUCACUCACACCAGAGAAAGUCUCGGUGAAAAGCAGCUCCCAGCUCUGUGCUUGUAGAUGGUUACCUCUGCCUCCUCACUCUCCUCAUCUUAUCUCCGAUUAGUUUAGAAAGCAUCCUUAUAUUUACAGUAUAUGAACCUGAUAUGCCUUCUUUCAUUGGGUCUACGGUGAGAAUCACUGUAAUACUGUGUAUAGUUAAUCAUGGGCCCGAAGCCACAUGGGCAGCUAUUCCCUUACAGUAGAGUAACCCAGCUCCAUGCACUAUAGCUCAUUGUUUCACUGUUUAGCAGGCAUACUAGUUUCUCUCAUUUCCUAUUUACCACUAGAAUCCCCCAAUAUGACACAAUGAAGCAUGUUUUCUAUUUAAUUUUAUACUAAAAUGUGAAGAUUAAUGAAAGGAAGUAAGGUCACAACUGACAUAGUGAAUGGUACAUUUUAGUGGGCCUUCAUUAUGAGUGAAAUAUUGUAGAUAAGAUGUUUAAUUUGCCAUUUAUGACCAAAAGGAAAGCAAGGGUUUGUCUGACAAUCAUCACACCCUUUCUCAAGUCCAUCCUCCAUGGCCCGGAAAGGGAUAGUGUUGGUGGGCAAAAAGGAAAAAUAUCCUCUCCUCCUCGAUAGCCACCUUUCAUGGAGGACAGUCAUGUGUAUCCUCUCCUCCUCGAUAGCCACCUUUCAUGGAGGACAGUCAUGUGUAUCCACUCCUCCUCGAUAGCCACCUUUCAUGGAGGACAGUCAUGUGUAUCCUCUCCUCGAUAGCCACCUUUCAUGGAGGACAGUCAUGUGUAUCCUCUCCUCCGAUAGACACCUUUCAUGGAGGACAGUCAUGUGUAUCCUCUCCUCCUCCUCGAUAGCCACCUUU